CUGGACAACUCGUCCAGAUCUUAAAUAACUAAGCCUUUACUAUCUUGUAUUCAACCUAAGGACUGAAUACCAUUCUCAUCAAGCCUCCGCACAGCAAUCCAUGACAUCUAGUGAUUCUCUUAACUCAUCUGGGUCCUCUCUAUCAAUCACAAUGUCGACGGCAUCAGCCCCAUCCCGCCCCAUCGUCUUCUACGACAUCGCCAUGAGUCCCCCAAGAGAGAAAACCUGCUGCUCCCCAAAUCCCUGGAAAACCCGACUAGCACUCAACUUCAAAGGCGUCCCAUACACGACUACAUGGGUGGCUCUACCGGACAUCGCCAAGGUCCGCACCAGCCUCAACGUACCAGCGUGUCGCAAGUUCGCCGACGGCAGCAACUUCUUCACGCUGCCCAUAAUCGAAGACCACGCCACCGCCUCCCUACUUGGCGACUCUUUCGACAUCGCCGUCCACCUGCAACGGAAAUACCCAACCUCCGGAGCGGGCGACCUCUUCCCGCCUCAGACACUCGACUUCGACGUCGAGCAGGAUCCCGCCAUGUUACUCGUCCCGCUGUCCGAGCCUCGCGAGAGUCACAGUGCAUACCCGGAGUAUGCCAGGUUCAACAUGAAGGUGGACGCGGCAUUCACCGCCUAUGCGCAGCUCUCGGUCUUUGGGUUCCCCUUCGAUCCGGCCACGGCCGAGGCCACCAAGGCCGAGUUCGUCCGGCGAGCCGGGGUGGCGCGCUGGGAUGACUUUGCGCUGGUGGGCGAGGCGCGGGAGAGGACGAGAGAAUCGUUUCGGAACACGCUGGGCGGUCUAGCCGGUCUGUUCUCGAGGGACACGACGGGGCCGUUUCUGCUGGGGACCAGGGCGAGUUAUGGUGACUUCAUAGUCGGGGCGUGGUUGCGCAUGCUGCGGGUUACGCUACCGGAGAGCGAAUGGGAGGAUGUGAGAGGCUGGCAUGGCGGUGUUUUUGGGCGGUUGCAUGAUGCCUUGGAGGUGUAUGCCGAGGUGCAAUAAUAGUGUGUUUCUCAAAGUUAGAGGACGAUAGGGAGCAUACUGUAAGUUCCGUGUUCAAGGCGAAUGCAACCGGACUGCACUGUGGCAGACGUCACUUCCGCUAUCCCCAAGGUCCGAAGCCUCGGAGAAUGAAUUCGAUUCCAGUCCUCCCUUCCUGACGAGAACAAAGGGGACAAUUCGGAGUGCUUCUCCAC